UCAAGGGUUCGAGUACGAGACAAGGGUUUUCCUUUGCCUCUUUAUUCUCCUUUAUUGGACAGAAGAAGAGAAAGACUGCAUUUAUGAAGGGUCGUCCUUUUCCGUCCUCGUUAGGUAAAACUCACUUAUUACCUCUCUAAAACCCUCCCCAGAUCACAACUAGAUCUUCUCCUCUUUGGGUUUUUGACAAGUGCCCAUCGUCCCCAUUUUCUCUGUUUUCUAUUCAAUUCCUUGGAAAAAGAACACAACCCAGCAUCAAAUUCAAAUGGCGUCAGAGGCUUUUAAAGAGAAAACUUCCUCUGUGCUCCCCCAAAUGACAUCUUCUUCAGGCCUUCCGAUGUCAAGUCCAAGGCAGCAGAGUAAGAGUUUGUUGGUGGCUCAAGCCACUCUAAGAAUCUCAGCCAUCGUUUUCACAUUGAUCGCAAUAUCUGUUAUCGUCACUAACACCCAGUCUGUCAUCGUUUUUGGGUUCAAGUUCGAAGCACAUUAUACCUACUCAACUGCCUUCAGGUUCUUGGUUGGUGCUAAUGCUGUGGUGUGUGCCUUCUCUGCACUGUCAUUGAUCUUCUUAUCCUUGUUCUUAAGCCGUUCAGUGCCACAACAGCAGCGGCAGUUCAAAAACUAUUUCUUUCUCUUGGUGCAUGACGUGGUGAUGAUGGUGUUGAUAAUAUCUGGAUGUGCAGCUGCAACUGCAAUCGGUUACGUGGGGCGCUAUGGAGAGAAAAAAAUGACUUGGCAGCCUACAUGCGGCUAUGUCUCCAAGUACUGCGACAGAAUGUCCAUCUCUCUUGCCUUCUCCUAUUUGGCUUUCUUUGCCUACUUGCUUCUCACUUUCACCUCUGCCCUCACUCUCAUGUCUCGCCCUACUACUCAAUGAAUUUCAAUACAUCAUCAUCAUCAGAAAAACAAAACAAAAGAAAUAUCAGAUCAGUAAGAAAUUUCCCAUUUUGUUCUUAGCAUUUGGGAAAUAUGCAGACAGAGUGAUAUUGCUUGCUUGCUUGCACUAUUUUUUUUAUUUUUUUUUUGGCUAAUGAAAAAAAAACUACAAGUAUGGCCUCUGUAGAAGUUAUGGUUAAUGAAUGGUUGGAUUUUAUA